GUGACAUAUGCACAUACUGUGUAAUAGAAAUCUGACCACUGGUAGCCUAUGCAAACGGAAUACAACAAGCAUAGAUCAUAACACUGCUGCAAUUAUCAAUUUGGAAGGUUGUAUAUAUUUCAAUCGGUACGGUCACCACGGCAAUUUUGUAGAUACACGUUCACUUUUUGUAUUAAUACGGAUAGAACAAGAGCUGACCAUAUGGCAGCUUCAUCGAAUAUAGCAUGUGUAUAGGUACGUCUGACACAAAACUCCUUUGUAAAUCGUUAGCGACUUCUUCAAGGCAAAUUUCUUCCCACGCGCAAUGCGGUGAACUCACGCGCACUCAUAGCUCACGAGUGCAUAUAUCAAUGAGGUCUUUCAGCCUAGUAGAGUAUGUUCUGUGUAUUUUUAUCUUCAUCAACCUAGCUGGCAUCGCGCCUGUGAGUGCGGGGAUUGCUCCCCAACAUCAUAAGCAAGUGCAUGGUUUAGAUGCAAAUGUAGAACACCCUCUUCGGCAGAGGAGAUCGGAAGAUGCAGCACCUUCACAAUUUACGCCGUUCGCCACUGUACAAGGAUCGACUACUCAAAGUAUCGUCGUCGAGCGAGUUGAUACACUGUCAGUAGUAGAGCAAGAACAAACAACUACGCAAACAAGCACGGUACCACAGACGAUAGUAGCGAUUUCAGUAGCGCAAGAACAAACAGCUACGCAAACAAGUACGGUAGCACAGACGGUAGUAGCGCAACAAAGCGCCACGGAUGAAGUAAAAAUAUCGAGUACGACGGUUGGAGUGCAAUCGAGUGCGACGGGUGCGAGUAAUGGAAGUGCAAUACCUAUACCUCUGGGUCAGGUAUUGAGUACGAGUACGGUAGCACCAUCGCCGAAGCCUUUGACGUACGAUUACGUCGAAGAUGAGUACGCUGUGGUGUGUAAGGUAUGCGCAUAUGACGUUCGCAUGUAA